AUGGCAAAGAAGCGGAAAGUGCCCGGCUCUUCGCGGGAAAGCCCUAGCCCAUCCCCCCAAAUGGCAGCGGAAAGCGUGGCCGCCACGAGCAGCGCACAUCUUGCCCUAUUCUCGACGUGCCUGUUCGCUCUGUUUGUUCGAUGGGCGGUUUCCCUGAACGGAUACUCGGGCCAGGGUGUCCCUCCGCUGCACGGCGAUUUUGAGGCCCAACGACACUGGCUGGAGGUCACGGUGAAUCUGCCGCCACGCGAGUGGUAUAGGCAUGAUCUGAAAUAUUGGGGGCUGGACUACCCUCUGUUGACGGCGUAUCACAGCUGGAUCUUGGGAUACAUCGCAAAGAAGAUGAAUCCUGCAUGGGUGGAACUUUACACAUCCCGAGGACACGAGAGUGAACCCCUCAAAAUCUUCAUGCGGGCCACCGUGCUUAUUUCGGAGAUCUUGAUUUACUUCCCAGCUGUCGUGUACUUCGUGGCCAUUUGGGUCCCGCGGUCGCAGUGGCAGUGGUUGCAGAGGAACGUGCUCACAUUUCUGAUCCUGCUUCAACCUGCCCUCAUUCUGAUCGACCAUGGACACUUCCAAUACAACUCGAUCAUGUUGGGGUUCGCAUUAUGGGCGAUCGUAAUGCUCAUGACAGAUCGCUUGGUCCUGGGAAGCAUCUUCUUUGUGCUCGCGUUGAACUUCAAGCAAAUGGCCCUGUUCUAUGCCAUACCGGUGUUCUUUUUCAUUCUUGGAAAAUGCGUCAAGGGCCCGCGAGGAUUCUUUAUGUUAAUCAAAGUUGGGCUCACGGUCAUCGCCACCUUCGCCAUCGUCUUCUCCAUUUAUUUCGAUUCCAUCGACGAUGUUCUGCAAGUCGUUCGUCGCGUCUUCCCCGUCGAGCGCGGACUGUACGAGGACAAAGUGGCUAAUGUUUGGUGCGCCAUAAGCGUUGUGAUCAAGCUACGACAGAUCUUUCAACCCCACCAGUUGGUGUAUCUCAGCUUGGCAUCAACCCUCGCAGCGGUUCUGCCCUCCAGCAUCCACCUCUUCCUCAACCCAUCCCCGAAGCUGCUCCCAUACGCGAUGCUCAAUACAUCCCUGGGCUUCUUCCUCUUCGCUUUCCAAGUCCACGAGAAGUCCAUCCUUCUGCCGUUGUUACCCGCUACGCUUCUGAUACUGGACGACCCCCCGGCGGCUGCUCUUUUCAACUCCGUGGCUGUUUUUAGCAUGUUCCCGUUGCUCUACCGAGACGGACUAGCUCUGCCGUACGUGGUUCUCUCCCUCUUCUGGAUCGGCGUGGUGUACUUGGCAAUCAUCGCCAUCCAUAUUCUCGAAUUGACCGUCCCGCCACGAAAGUCGCUCCCAGAUGUCUAUGUCAUGGCCAAUGUCGGCUUGUGUACAGCGGUUUUCGGCGUACUGCUGGUGUAUUUCAACUAUAGGCAGAUGUUCGACUCUCCACACACAGUCAAGAAGCUGAAGAGAGGGUAG